AUGCCAAGAACGCUGAAACAAAGGUCGAUUCCUUGCAAGAACAAGGAGCUUGGCUGCACUCGUUACUUCUCAUCUGCAAAUGGUGUCUCUAUUCAUCUUGCAUCUUGUAAAUUCUGCACUCCAUCAUUUCGUCCCACCGUACGAACACGUCACUCUUACACAUCUGCACACACAAUUCCAUUACAGCUAGAGCAUGAAAAUUUUGAUGACGAUGUUCAUUCCAAUGCACCAAGUCCUGCCAGAGACCCUCCCUCUCCCAUAGAUGGCCAUGCUGAAGACCAUGAAGCACCAGAACAUGUGGAGUAUCAUCUGGCUGUUAAUGAUGACUUUACACCUUUCGAGGAUCGUACUUCCUUUGAACUUGCUGACUUGCUGUAUAGGUGGAACCAAAUGCCUGCUGCUCAGCUCAACAAUCUUCUUCAAAUAUGGUCUGCAUGUCAUGUGGACAGCCCACCUUUUGUUAAUGCCGACGACUUGUACAGCAGCAUUGAUGCGACAACAAUUGGUAGCGUGCCAUGGCAAUCAUUCUCGGUGUUAUAUCAAGGCGAGAUUGAAAGUGAGUCACCACCAUCUUGGAAGACCACGGAAUAUGAAGUUUUUUUUCAUGACCCUCGUGAAGUGAUCAAAAACCAACUUGCCAAUCCUGACUUUGCCAACGAGAUGGACUUCUCACCGAAACGUGAUCAGAUUUCUGAUGAACUUGGCCUAAGUGAUAUCACCUACUGCCCUGUUAUCGCUGGUAGUGACAAAACCACGGUCUCAGUGGCGACAGGACAGAAUGAAUUUUAUCCGUUGUAUGCAUCAAAUGGUCUGAUUCAUAAUAAAGUACGCCGUGCACAUCGGAAUGGAGUUUCUCUCAUCGGCUUUCUGUCUGUACCUAAGACAGAUCGCCAGCAUCAUGACAGCUCAGAAUUUCGGGCCUUCCGUCGUCAGAUCUUCCACAGCUCACUCCGGGCUAUCUUUGAAUCAUUGCGUCCUGGUAUGGAGACCCCUGAAAUUUUACGCUACGGUGAUGGACAUUACCGCCGGACUAUAUAUGGACUUGGACCAUAUAUCACUGACUACCCUGAGCAGGCCUUACUUGCCUGCAUUGUGCAGGGAUGGUGUCCUCGGUGUACUGCCUCACAUCGCAAUUUAGAUGGUCCUGGUGGCCGAAGAACACAUGAACAUACCACUGCGUGUUUCCAUGCUAUGUCCUCUAAGGAGAUGUGGGAUGAUUAUGGGAUUAUCGACGGAAUAAUGCCGUAUACAUCGGGAUUCCCCAGAGCCAAUCUCCAUGAACUUCUUUCAUCUGACCUUCUUCAUCAAAUCAUCAAGGGAACAUUCAAGGACCAUUUGGUGACAUGGGUUGAAGAAUACAUCAAGACUUCGAAUACCCCACAGGAAGCGGCGAGAAUCUUAGCAGAUAUUGACCGCCGCAUUGCUGCUGUACCCCCAUUUCCUGGCUUACGGCGAUUCCCUGAAGGUCGUGGCUUCAAGCAAUGGACAGGAGAUGACUCCAAGGCACUCAUGAAGGUUUAUCUCCCUGCUAUUGCUGGUCAUGUACCCCCACAAAUGGUCUAUGCGCUAUCAGCAUUCAUGGAGUUUUGUUACUGUGUACGUCGCUCAGUGAUUGAUGAAGACGAUCUGGUCAAAAUCAAUGCAUCUGUGGCUGACUUCCAUCGUGAGAGAGAAGUCUUUCGCACCCUUGGGAUACGGACAGAUGACAUCCGCAAUGAUGGCACUCGCACAGAUGCAUUUUCACUGCCACGCCAGCAUGCACUUUCCCACUUCCGUCACCUUAUCCAGGAGUUUGGAGCACCCAACGGACUUUGCUCAUCUAUCACAGAAUCGAAGCACAUCAAAGCAGUCAAAGAACCAUGGCGACGUUCGAAUCGUUUCGAAGCUCUUGGACAAAUGUUGCUGAUCAACGAGCAGCUUGAUAAACUGGCAGCUGCUCAGGUGGAUUUCCAAGCACGAGGGAUGUUGGAUGGUUCACUAUUUGGCGAGUCACAUGCAGAAGUAUCAGCAUCAGAUAGUACCAAUGAGAAUGACGAUGGUGGGCCCAUGGAAUCACCAGAUGUUCUUGCUGAGGUCAAGCUGGCUCGAACACCAGUUCUAGCAUCCAAGGCACCACGCAAUAUCAUUUUCUUAGCACAGCGUCUCAAUCUACCACACCUGCCAGAAUUCCUUUCAAUCAAUCCGGAAGUGGUGCCAGAGGAUGUUGACCUCAACCAGUGCCCACAGUACCAUGGAAAAAUCACUGUAUAUCCCUCAGCUGUAUCAAUGUACUACACCCCCAGUGAUUUGUCGGGGAUUGGUGGCUUACACCGUGAGCAUAUACGUGCUAUGACAUCAUGGAGAAAAGGUUCCGCACGCUACAAUUGUGUGUUUUGUGAGGCAGGUGAGGAAGGCAAAGGGUUCCGUGCGCUCCAUGUUGCCCGUGUUCAGCUAUUCUUCAGUCUGCGACACUGUGGGAUUUAUUAUCCCUGCGCAUUAGUGACGUGGUUCUCCCCUGUAGGAGAUGUGCCUUGUCCUGAUACCGGCAUGUGGGUUGUACGCCCAGACAUUGAUGCUGUGGGAGAACGAAUUAUGUCCAUAAUUCAUCUAGAUUGUAUCGUGCGUGCAGCACACUUGAUUGGGGUUGCUGGUGAGGAAUUUAUACCUAAGGGGUUAAAGCAUAGCGAUAGUUUAGACGUUUUCCCUUCCUUCUUUGUAAAUAAGUACGCAGACCAUCAUGCACAUGAAAUAGCAUUCUGA